AUGGAUAAUUUAGUGCAGCAAACUUUAGAACAGCAUGCCAUUCGCAGAAGACAAAGAGAGGAAGAACGGAAGCGAAAGGCAGACGAGAAUCCAGACGCAGUCCAAGUUGAAGAAGAUCUAUCCGUGUCCUUGGAAUCUGAAGCGGCACAACGGAAUGCCAGUAGUGUCGAAAUAAACAGUCCUGCAACUAGUCGUUGCUCAGCAUACGAGCAUGAACUACCAGCAAUAAUGCAUGAAAUAUCACAGCAAUCCUUCCAUCUGCAGAGAGCAACAGAUCCACUAUCGCAACAAUCCUUCCAUCAGCUAUCAGCACCACCACGAUCACAAUAUUCAGGCAGUGUAUGCGUACCUCUAGAUCGCCUUCUUGGUGCAGGCCAGCAUAAUCUCAAUGCUCUUAAAAUGUAUAGACUCGUCGAGAAGACGGAUAAAUCUCAUAUAUAA